AUGAGGUUCUUCAUCGCGAUACACGCCUAUUUGGCAGCAGUGAUCUCAGCUGCGACCCCAAGCUAUAACAGCAAAGCGUUCGAUGGUCUCUUAAGCAAACGGCAGAGUACUGUGACUCAGUCGUCCUCCAGCCUUGUCGCGGAUCUGGGCUAUGCGCAGUACAUGGGCGUGUCCAAUCUGUCGACUGGGCUAAACACAUGGAAAGGAAUUCGCUACGCAGCCCCUCCCACCGGGCCUCUACGUUGGCAGCCUCCCGAAGCACCAUCCGUAGACCGCGGCCAAAUACUACGAGGAGACACUCUACCACAAAAUUGCCCACAAAGCCCAGACGCGCCUAUUGCAAGUGGCUUUAAUUUCACCGGGAACGAAGACUGCUUGUUCUUAAGCGUGUAUGCUCCGCAAAAUGCGACUGAUCUGCCGGUUUUGGUGUGGAUCCAUGGUGGUGGGUACGGCCAGGGACAGGGAAACCUGGAUAUGAGUCCUAUUAUAAAUGCUAAUAAUAAUAAAUUUGUCGCUGUGGCUAUUCAGUAUCGUCUGGGAGCUUUUGGAUUCUUGUCGUCGGAUGAGGUCAUGCGGUACGGAGCCGUCAAUGCCGGCUUACUUGAUCAGACGUUUGCGUUACAGUGGGUCCAGAGUUAUAUUAGGUUAUUCGGCGGAAAUGCGAGCCAGGUGACGAUCAGUGGGGAAAGUGCUGGAGGCGGGUCUGUUAUGUUGCAGUCCAUGGCUUAUGGUGGCUAUCUCGGUGAUUCGCUCUUCAGCAAUGUCAUUGCUGCAUCUCCGUAUUUGCCGAUGCAGUACGGAUACGCCGAUUUCGUACCUUCGCAGUCAUACUAUGCCUUUGCUUCAGCGGUAGGCUGUUUUGGACCACCUGCGUUACCGCAGAGCAAUACUAGCGGUUCGAUCUUCCAGUGCCUUGUUGGUAAAGACACCGAGACUCUGCAGAAUGCCAGCGCCACCAUCUCCGGUUCCUCAAGACAUGGCACUUGGGCCUUUUUACCUGUGACAGAUCAUGUUUUCAUUCAGCAGCUUCCAAGCCAGCAGUUGCUGAAGAAACAAGUCAACGGAAACCGUAUACUUGUUGGGAACAACGCAGAUGAAGGUCCACUCUUCACUCCACAGGACAUAAUAACGGAAGAGGAUUUCGUAAACUUCCUUCGUAACAACUUCCCCCUCUUCACGGACGAUGACAUUUCUCGGCUAUUGCUUUACUAUCCUUCAUCCAGUGCCUCGGAUAUUAUGAGUACUUCCAAAUUCGCCACGAACGGGAACAGUACACCCACCGCACUGAACGAGAGCACUUAUGGUACAGGCCAGCAGCAACGCGCGGACAACGUCUACGCCGAAACAACCUUCGUCUGCCCUUCCUACUGGCUCGCCGAAGCCUUUACAAACAACAACCGUGUAGCCUAUAAGUACCAAUACUCUGUCAUCGGCGCCUCGCACGGCACCGACUUAACGUCCUCCUUCGGUCCUCCAACGCCCAACCAAGGGCCCGACUUCGACAAAGCGUUCAUGACCAUCUGGGGCAAUUUCAUCACACAAAACAACCCCUCGAUCUCUUCUGCGAUAGCAAACGGUGUCAACGGAACGGGCAAUGGACUGGCUGCAACGGAUUUUCCGGCGUGGAAUUUGCGCAAUCCGCUGCAACUGAAUCUGAAUGAGACGGGAGGACAAGCCUAUUCGAGCAUGAGCUUUGACGCGCAGGCGCCGAAUAUUACCGAGUUCGAGGAACCCGGGUUAGUGAAUGAUUUCAGUGUCGUGGAUGCUUAUUCAUGGGAAGGGGGAAGGGGCGUGAGGUGCAAUUUCUGGAGAAGUGUUGGAUUGAUUGUGCCGGAGUGA